AGCGAAGAAGUCGACUAGUGUUCGAGUGGGGAAACACGUUGUAAACUAUAAGUCUAACUUUGACCAAAAAAAAGAGCAAGUUGUCAACUAUAAUUCUGUCUUCUUUUGCAACUUCCAUUUCUGGCCACCGAAGUUUCAAGCAAAACACCAAAAAUUAUCUUUUUAGAAUAUUAAUGACUAAUGAACUCUAUAUAUCUCACAAAAGUUGGACAUGUUUUCAAUCCCAAGUCCCAACCAAACAGAUAAACACAUUUUCAAAUUCAAACAAGAAUCUAUCAAACUCCUUUUGUGUCUAAGAAAAAAGCUCUCUGAUAAUGUCGGGAGCAUCUUCUGUUUCUUCUAUUUGUUCUUCUAAUGUAUCAUUGAUCCCUACGGGACCUCAAGUGUUCAUCAAUUUCCGAGGAAAAGAUUUACGAAAAGGUUUCCUCAGCUUUCUUUCGCCUGCUUUGAAAAAAGAAAAGAUCAACGUGUUUAUAGACGAGCAAGAGGAAAGGGGCAAAUACCUAAUCAGUCUGUUUAAUACGAUAGGGGAGUCGAAAAUCGCUUUGGUUAUCUUUUCUGAGGGAUACUGCGAGUCACAUUGGUGUAUGGACGAGCUGGUAACAAUCAAGGAAUACAUGGAUAAAAACAGACUCAAAAUCAUUCCAAUAUUCUAUAGGCUUGAGCUCGACGUGGUGAAAGAUCUUACAGGUAAAUUCGGCGAUAAUUUCUGGAAUAUGGUAGAUAAUUAUCAACCUGAACCAGAGAAACUCCACAAAUGGACGGAAGCUUUAUUCUCUGUUUGCCAAUUGUUUGCCUUGAUCUUACCAAAACACAGUGACACUUCCGAUAGAGAUUUCGUAAAGGUAAUCGUUAAGGCGGUUAAAAAAGUGCAGCGGAAUUUCUCCCAAGGAAGAAAUGGAGAAAUAGGAGAUCAAGGUUUCUUGAUCCCUACAAGUAAACUCACUAUCACUAUGCACGAGUCACCAAAUGAGGAAGCUGUUCAAGUUUCGGUGCUAAAUGAAUUUUACCAGAUGAGGAAUCAGUCACCAGGGCCAUCACACGAGUUCAAAUUCUGGGUCCUUACGAGACCGAAGGGUAACGUUUUCAUGAUUGACGCAAGGGAUCUUUCCAUUGCAUGGUCAGAGAACUCCAACCAUUGGACCUGGCUCCCUCUCCCAAACCAAAAAGCAAAUGAAUCGGUCGUGGAAAUUGCGUUUUUGAAAAAAGCAAGCUGGCUAGACAUAGCUGGAAAGUUUGACACACGAUAUUUGUCCCCAAGGACAAGGUAUGAGGUGGUGUUUGUGGUGAAGUUGGAAUACACAUUCGAAUGGGAGACACCGGUGAAGUUAAAGCUGGACUUGCCCAAUACUUGGGAGAAACCGCAAGAACAAAGUGUGGACAUGUUCGAUUAUAUAAGUAACCAAUGGCUCGAAAUUUCGGUUGGGGAGUUCACCACAUCGAUGAAAAACGUUGGGGAAAUCUCUUUUGCAAUGUACGAACACGAGUGCCAACUGUGGAAGUCAGGGCUCUUCGUCAAAGGUGUUACAAUUCGUCCCAAAUUCUAAGUUAUUUAUAAGCUUGGCUGACCUCUCGUUUUCUCCUCUAAAUAUUUAUUCGAUUUGCUUGGAGUGAUUAAUAUUGUAUGUAUUCGUCCCCCUAAAGUGAGUGCCAAAUAAAAGAACGAGUUCGAAAGUUUACCACUCUUUAUAAGAGGAAUUUUAAGUAUGGAUU